AUGCAGGCCGACAGACGACGUCUCAAUGCUCCAGCAGGUGGUACCGCACCUCCUAUUUUUGCUGCAUCUCAAGGAGCUAAGAUUGAGAAGCCAAUUCGGGCGCGACAAUCGGACGAACAUCGCAAAAUCUUCCUCCGGACUGGAGUAGUGCCAACCGCGAGCGGGAGCGCGUAUUAUGAGAUACCGCCCCUCACUCCAACCAGCUCUAACAAAAUACUCAUUCCUUCUUCAUCAAGUUUGAAAAUCACAUGCACGGUUCACGGACCCAGGCCUUUACCGCGAAAUGCUGCCUUCAGUCCCAACAUGCUCUUGACAUCUCACAUCAAAUUCGCACCAUUCGCCACACGCCAGAGACGAGGCUAUGUGCGGGAUGCCGCCGAGCGGGAUCUGGGAGCCCAUUUGGAGACUGCAUUACGGGGAGUGGUCAUUGGUGAGAGAUGGCCGAAGAGUGCCUGUGAGGUCGUAAUCACUGUCUUGGAGGGCGAGGAGGACGGUUGGUGGGGAGAUGCGGGCGAGGGAGGGAAGGCGGGAGGAUGGGGGAUGAUGAACGUUCUGGCCGGGUGUAUCACGGUGGCGAGUGCCGCUCUCGUCGAUGCAGGAAUUGAUUGCGUGGAUUUGGUAUCUGGAGGUGUCGCGGCUCUUACUGGACCUGCUUCCUCCGACAACAACGACUUUGUGCUUGAUCCAUGUCCUUCGGAGCAUGACAUUCGCGCGGCUUGUGUGGUUGGCUACCUGCAGUCAAGGGACGAAGUUACCGAGAUGUGGAUGAAAGGCGACGCAGGAUCGCAAGCCGAAACAUUAAUCGACAAAGCUGUAAAUGCCGCCACAUUGACCCGUACUGUCUUGGCCGAAGCCAUCAAGGAGGCUACAGAGGCGAAGAUUGCUCGAUCGGCAGAGCCCGUAGAUGAUACGCCGGCUGCAGGCAAACGCAAGSCUGAUGAUGUUGCAAUGACUGGAUGA